AUGGCCACAGCGGCUCGGAGAGCUGGUGCCACCCUGCAGUGGGAGGAGAGGGGGGAUGUCACCUGCCCGCUGCUCUUCAUCCAGCUCAACCAGCUCCUCAGCACCCCGGCGGGGCUGGAGUGGAGGGAGAUGGCCAGGUGGAUCAAGUUUGAGGAGAAGGUGGAGGAUGGUGGGGAGCGCUGGAGCACACCCCAUGUCCCAGCUCUGCCCCUGCACAGCCUGUUCCAGCUGAGGACAUGCCUGCAGAAGGGGACAAUGCUCCUGGAUCUGGAUGCCACCAGUUUCAAGGAAAUAAUCGACAAAGCACUUUCUGAGCAGCCCGAGGAAGCAGAGCUGCAGCCUGCACUGAGGGAGCACCUGGCAGCCCUUCUGCUCCUCCAGCCACAGCACCAGCCUACAAAAUCCCUGCUGCAGCUCCUCACCGAGCUUGGGCUCUCUCCCUGCCGAGGGAAGGCCAAAGACAGGUCUGAACCCAGGACCCAGGUCUCCAAAACUCCUCUUAAGGAGCAGCUGAGAAACAGAUUUAAGAAGAAGGUCCCACCAGGGGCUGAAGCAGCCCACGUUGCUGUCGGGGAAGUUGAAUUCCUGGAAAAGCCCUUCACUGCCUUCAUUCGCCUCAGGCAUGGGGUGUCCCUUGGCUCACUGGCUGAGGUUUCUCUUCCGAGCAGGUUCCUCUUCAUCCUGCUGGGCCCUCCCAGAGUGAAAGCCUACCACGAGGUUGGCAGGGCCAUGGCCACACUGCUGACAGAUGAGCUCUUCCAAAGAGUUGCCCGGCAGGCUGAGCACCGAGAGGACCUCGUGGCAGGGAUAGAGGCGUUCCUGGAUGAGCUGAUUGUGCUUCCUCCUGGGAAAUGGGACCCUAGUGCCCGAAUUCCUCCGCCAAGCCAUCUGCCAUGUCCACGCAGAAGGUGGGCUGGAGGGAGGGGUCUGCUCUGCCACAGGGCCACUGUGGACCCACUGGACCAGCAGCCACAUGGUAAUGGGGACAUGACAGCAGCUGGGGACAGAGCCAGCCCAGGGCACCCAUGCUCUGGGGACGAGCUGGAGAGAACAGGCAGGCUUUUUGGGGGGCUGCUGCGAGACAUCCAGAGGAAGGCACCAUGGUAUGGCAGCGACUUCUCCGACGCCCUGCACCCUCAGUGCCUGUCAGCAGUGCUCUACAUCUACCUGGCGACAGUCACCAAUGCCAUCACCUUCGGGGGCAUGCUGGGGGACGCAACUGCCAACAUGCAGGGCGUGCUGGAGAGUUUCCUGGGCACAGCUUUUGCUGGCUUCUUCUUCUGCCUCUUUUCGGGCCAACCCCUGACCAUCCUGAGCAGCACCGGCCCCGUGCUUGUGUUUGAGCGCCUCCUCUUCUCCUUCAGCCAGGAUCACAGCCUGGACUACCUGGAGUUCCGCCUCUGGAUUGGGCUCUGGGUGGGCUUUUUUGGCGUGGUGCUGGUGGCCACCGAGGCCAGUCACCUGGUGCGGUACUUCACCCGCUUCACCGAGGAAGGCUUCUGCGCACUCAUCAGCCUGAUAUUCAUCUACGACUCCCUGAAGAAGAUGCUGAGCCUGGCAGAUGCCUUCCCUAUCAACUGGCAGUACCGGCUGGACAACGUCACCUCCUACAGCUGCACCUGCAACUUGUCCAGCCCCGGUGAGCCCAAGCAGCCGUGGGUGGGUAGGGAGCAGGAAGCUGUUGCCCCAGGAUGCCACUGGAAACCUCCUCCUGCCACCCCAGCAGGGCUGAGCAGGACCCAGUGCCUGGAUCGAGGUGGACAUCUCCUGGGGACCAGCUGUCAGUAUGUGCCUGAUGUCACCCUCAUGUCCUUUCUGCUCUUCGGGGGCACCUUCCUCCUCUGCAUCGCACUCAAGCGCUUCAGGAGCAGCCGCUACUUCCCUGUGGGGGUGCGGAAGCUGGUGAGCGACUUCGCUGUCAUCCUGGCCAUCCUCGCCUCCUGCGUUGUCGAUGCUGUCCUGGGCCUGGAGACCCCCAAGCUCCUUGUCCCCAGCGAGCUGAAGCCCACAAACCCAGCACGGGGUUGGAUUAUUUUCCCCUUUGGAGCCAACCCAUGGUGGGUCUGCCUGCUGUCCGCGGUGCCUGCUGUCCUUGUCACCAUCCUCAUUUUCAUGGACCAGCAGAUCACAGCUGUCAUUCUUAACCGCAGCGAGUACAAGCUGCAGAAAGGAGCAGGCUUCCACCUGGACCUCCUCUGUGUCUCCCUCCUGAUGGUUGUCACCUCUGUCACUGGCCUCCCCUGGUAUGUCUCAGCCACUGUUAUCUCCCUGGCACACAUGGAGAGCCUGAGGAAGGAGAGUGCAACCUCAGCCCCCGGCGAGCACCCCGAGUUCUUGGGCAUCAGGGAGCAGAGGCUGACAGGCCUGGCUGUCUUCAUCCUGAUGGGAGUCUCUGUCUUCAUGGCCCCCGUGCUCAAGCACAUCCCGAUGCCGGUGCUCUAUGGGGUGUUCCUGCACAUGGGGGUGACAGCGCUGAACAGCAUCCAGCUCAUGGACCGUGUGCGGCUGCUCCUGAUGCCAGCCAAGCACCAGCCAGACCUUGCCUACCUGCGCCACGUGCCCCUGCGCCGGGUGCACCUCUUCACCAUCAUCCAGCUGCUCUGCCUGGCCCUGCUCUGGCUUCUCAAGUCCACCGUGGCCGCUAUUAUUUUCCCAGUGAUGCUGCUGGCGCUGGUGGCGAUCCGGAAGGGGCUGGAGCGCAUCUUCUCCCGGCACGACCUGGGCUGGCUGGACGGGCCCCUGCCCGGGCCGGGGGCGGCGGGGACACAGCGCCGGGAGCGGCCGGAGCGGGGGAGCAGAGCCGAGGAGGUCGGUGCCGUCCCGGGAGCCUCGCUCAGCCGCAGCCGCCCCGGAGCCGAACCGCUGGCCCGGGGUGGGCGCGGGGCCGGCCCCGUAACCUCUGUUCCCCCACAGUGCGAGCCGAUGCAGCGCCCGGGACCGCAGAUCAACCUCUCCGUGAACUAG